AUGGAGCGCGAGCACGUCAGCAUUCUGAUGUGCCGGAAGUUGUGUGGGUGCAAGUCGGGGCGAAUCGAUGACGACAAGGAGCCCAGCCCCUCGGGCUCGACCUACAGUAUCAUAAACCCGGGUCAUGAUCCGGUCUGCGUGCUCGUCGCCUCGCAUCGAAUCAUCGCUAGAGGGCUUCUCGGGGCGCUGCUCGCGGGCGAGCUCUACGUGAGCGAGAACAAGGCGAAGGGGCGGAAGGACCACAAGCUAUGGUUCGGGGCCCCGGUAAUCACCGCCCAGCCGGGCGUCAUCGUCGAGGAGCCGGUGGUGGCCGAGUCGAAAGAGGGCCCAAUUGCCGAACACCCCGCCGAAAUCGAGGUCCAGAAUCACUUACCUGCCGCCGAUGAAGAACUCGUCCAAGAUCUGGGCGAUGCGCUUCCCGAGGAAAUGCCGGAAGCCAAAGACGCUGAGACGCCAGCAGUGAUCCUCAAAAAGGAAGAAACAGCUGCU